AUGUCGUUAACUAACAUCCAGGUUCAAGGACAGCCAGUCCCUAGGGUAUCGGCAAGAAACCACAGUAUGAGAAACUCUGUUGUUUGCGGAGUUUCCAUAAAACGUCACCACCGUGUAAGCAAUGUACUCAGCCGUAAGAGUGGUCCAUCGUUGGGUUCUAUUCCAAUAAGAACCGACGAGAGCCAGUUUCUUCGUGUUGACGGUACCGGUAAAUUCGGGAGGUUCGGUGGGAAGUUUGUACCGGAGACAUUGAUGUCUCGCCUGAGAGUUCUUGAAGACGAAUUUAAUUUUGUUUUGGUUUUGAGCGAUCAUAAAUUUCAGGAGGAGCUAACCACAACAUUAAGAGACUACGUAGGAAGAGAAACCCCUCUCUACUUCGCCGGACGUUUAACGGAACACUACAAGAACCUAGCUAGAACCACCGGAGGAGGUGGACGAAGCGGUGGUCCCGAUAUCUACCUAAAAAGGGAAGAUCUUAGCCAUGGUGGAUCCCACAAAAUCAACAACGCUCUCGCUCAGGCAAUGAUCGCCCGGCGGCUUGGUUGCAGCCGUGUGGUAGCCGCCACAGGAGCCGGGCAACAUGGGGUCGCCACGGCGGCUGCAUGUGCAAAGUUUUCGUUGGAGUGUACUGUUUUCAUGGGAACCACUGAUAUAGAGAAACAAUCCUCUAAUGUACAGUCCAUGAAACUGCUUGGUGCUCAGGUGAAAUCAGUGGAGGGAACAUUCAAAGAUGCGAGCUCAGAGGCGAUUCGAAAUUGGGUGGGAAAUCUAGAAACCACAUACUAUUUAUCUGGCACGGUCGUAGGACCGCACCCGUGUCCAGUAAUGGUACGUGAGUUUCAAUCCGUGACUGGGAAAGAGACGAGAAGGCAAGCAAAUCAACUAUGGGGUGGUAAGCCUGAUGUGUUGGUGGGUUGUGUGGGGAGUGGCUCAAACGCAUUAGGUCUGUUUCAUGAGUUUGUUGGAGAUGAGGAUGUGCGGCUAGUCGGGGUCGAGGCGGCAGGGCUCGGUCUGGAUUCAGGGAAACAUUCAGCUACUUUGGCCGUUGGGGAGAUUGGUGUAUAUCACGGUACGAUGAGCUAUUUAUUGCAAGAUGAUGAAGGACAUAGACCACACUCCAUAGGAGUUGGGUUAGAGUAUCCUGGAGUUGGACCGGAGAUAAGCUUUCUGAAAGAAACCGGAAGAGCCGAAUUCUACACAGCAACAGACCAAGAAGCAAUUCAAGCGUGCAUGCUGUUGAGCAGAUUGGAGGGAAUAAUCCCGGCAUUGGAAGCGUCUCACGCGCUCGCGUUCCUCGACAAACUCGUUCCUACUCUGCGCGAUGGUACCAAAGUGGUCUUGAAUUGCAGUGGCCGUGGCGACAAAGAUCUAGACACUCUCAUGCAACGAGGCAUUGCCUAA